AUGCAGGGCAUUGAUAACAUGGAGGAGUUUGAUCUUCAUCCUCAGUCUCCUACUAGUCCUCAGACACAGACUGAUCAGUUCGCUGCUCCUGCAUCUAAUGACCCAUUUGUUCUAGCAGGUCCACCAGCAAAGACGCAGCAAGCACCAGCACCUUCAUCAGAUCUUAAUUCUGCAUUUGGAGCAUCAGACCCUUUCAAAGUUCAGCAGGCUGCUCCUACAUCGGCAGAAAACAGUGCUCCUCCAGCAGUGACUAGCACCCCAUCAAGUGACCUUUUCAAAGAGUUUAAGGACACAUUCACAGCACCACCAACUCAACAGGCAACCAAUGUCUUCGCAGGGAUGGCAAUGGGCCAGACAGCACCUAAUCCUUUUGGGGGAAUGCAGACAGCCCCAGCACCAUUUCAGGCUAACUUUGGUGGAAUGAGUGGUAUGCCAGCAGCAUUUGGCGGUGCACCAGCAGCUUUUGGAGGUGCUCCCUCAGUCUACGGUGCCCCUAUAGGAUUUGGGGCUCCACCAGGGCCGCAGCAAGCUGCAGACCCCUUUGGUGGGGAUGCAAUAUUUGGGGACUCGAUGCUGACACCAGAAGCAACGGCAGCAGCGGCAGCCCUUGACAACACCAAGCCUGCAAAAUCAGAUCCCUUUUCGGAUUUUGGAGCCUUGGGAUCUGCCAAGUCGGAUGCCUCCAAAAGCACCAAAGAUAUGUUUGCCAACUACAAGAUAGGGAAGCCAGGAGAAGCACAGCCUGCACCUGAGAUUAAGCUGACAGGAGGACCGAAGAGGCCACCACCUGCCAUACCAACGAGUCCCCAAAGUAGUACGUGUCCUGCUAUUCUUCCCCCAUCAGAUUGUAAUUUUGAAAAGCCCCAGUCGGAAGUGAAGGGGGGAUUUGAUAUGCCCUCCCCUAAAGGGCCACCUCCACCUCUCCCUCCUGAUAUAAUAAACAUCAAGAGACGGGGCAAACCUCUUGCUCCUAUUCCUGAACCUGACAAGGAACAUGACCCACACCCAAGCUUGCCAUCACCUACUAACUUGCCACCACCCUUGCCUACUUAUAUGAAUAUUAAUGACAUUCACACAAGCAUUCCGCUCCCUGAAAUCAACUUUGAUAGUAAAAGUCCUCCUCCUCCUCCCCCUCCUCGCUCACGCCCAGGACAGCUUAGACUGUCCACAUCCAAUCCCCUUCCUGUCCCUCCAAGAAGGAGGAUCACAUCCUCCCAAUCUUCCCCUCCUCACAGUCCUCACUCAGAGACGGCAAGCAUAAAAUCUUGUGAUGCUCGCUUUUUCUCUGCCGCUCCCCCCACCUCCAAUUCCGACCGGGUCUCAUCCCCCUCCAUUGUAUCCACCUGUAGUGCUUUAAGCACGCUGGACGAGACUCUGGGUGAGGAUUCGUCAGGCAUUACCAGUAAUUCUGCUCCAUCUCAUUCUAACAGUAUGAACAGCUUAUCUAGUGUCUUUGACAGUAAUAACGUAUCCACUGAUACAUUUGAUAAUGAAUCUAAUACAGCUUCACUUUCACCCAGUCCCAUAGCUUCAACUUUAUGUCAUGAUAAUCCUGCUUCUAAAGCUAUUGACAUCAUACCAUCUCAUUUCAUGUCAGCGCCUCAGCCCAACGGGCCAGGUUCCACCUCACAAGACUCUCUCUAUAGCUCUAUCGAAACCCUAUCCCAUUCAUCCACGCAAUCUUCGCAUCCAUCUUUUAUAAGAAAUACGUCUUCCUCGUCUCACUUCACGUCAUCGUCUAUGACUGUAUUCUCCACAUCGGCUCCAAUCAAUAAUGACUCCCUCAUGGUUAAGAAGUCACGUUCACAACAAUCUCUCUCACCUCUUACUCUUCCGAACCUUCCUGUCCACGACGAUCCAUUCGCAGACGAUCCAUUCUCUCGACAUUCUCCAUCUGUCAAGAAAACAUUUGUACUCGAGUCAUUCACCGACUUCUCGUCUUCCGCAUCCACUGAAACCACAAAAAAUCACUCGCAAAACAUUGACGAUGUGUGGACAUCUCGUACAAUCACGAACACGAAUAAUGAGUUCACAUCUGAUGUUGUCAUCAAUUCAGAUCCCUUCGGUGCUCCAGUGACCAAUGGCAACGGUGGAAACAACCUGUUUGGAAAUCAAUUUGAUACCUUUGACUUCAGUAGCAAUUGAAUGUCAACUCUUGUUCUUAAACAUUCAGGUAAGGUUAAGUAGUCUAUUUUUACAUCACAGCCACCAU